UCAUAGAAACUUGUAUUGUGUAAAAGGGCACUUCCUACCAUCCAAUCCCAUGCCUUGGGAUUGGCACCUGAUCGUUUUCUGAGAUAUAAACAAGGCUGGGCUUGUUGUUGCUUCACUGUGAUUUGUAAGAGUGAUCUGUCAGUUAUCUUCCUCAUUCAGUGAAAGCGUUCGGUCUGUGAUCCAUUCCUGAAGAUGGGAUCUCUGGUCAGAAUCCUCCUGCUGUGCUGUGUGACCUGGGCAGCCCAGGGAACAGGUGAAGAGGAUUCAAGGCCAUUGUUGGAGACAAAGUAUGGAAAACUUCUGGGGAAAAUGAAUGUUGUGAAAGGGACAGAUCGGAGCGUACACGCGUUUCUGGGAAUCCCCUUUGCGAAGCCUCCAGUGGGCGAGUUAAGAUUUGCUCCCCCACAGCCACCUCUACCUUGGGACUCUGUCAGGGAUGCAACUAAUCAUCCACCCAUGUGUUUACAAAACCCGGCUGCCAUGGAAUCCCUUAACGAGUAUUUGAAAGGCGCUGUUCGCUUCCCCCCUAUUUCUGAGGACUGUUUAAUGCUUAAUGUUUUCACACCAGCUGAUCGAGGACAGGAUGCCCGGCUUCCCGUUAUGGUGUUUAUUCAUGGAGGGGGACUUACAAACGGAGGAGUUUCCAUAUACGACGGAUCUGCACUGUCUGCCUACGAGAAUGUAGUUAUGGUGACAAUCCAGUACAGACUGGGAUUGCUGGGAUUCCUCAGUACCGGUGAUGAUGAAGCACCUGGCAACUAUGGGUUUUUGGAUCAGGUUGCAGCUCUUCAGUGGGUCCAGGAAAACAUUGAGAAUUUCGGAGGGGACCCAAAGUCUGUCACCAUAUUUGGGGAAUCCGCAGGAGGUGUGAGUGUUGCUGCUCUGGUUUUGUCUCCCUUAUCCAAGGGUUUGUUCCACAGAGCCAUCGCAGAGAGUGGAUGUGCUCUAUUUCCCUCACUCAUGGCUACCACAUCCGAGAUCAAGUUUUUUUUAAAUGCAAUAACCAAUAUAACUAGCUGUGACCCAACUGCAGUGGUGGAAUGUCUGAAGGGGAAGACUGAAGAAGAGCUGCUUGAAUUCGUUGUAGCCAUGAAUUUAAUUGCCUUACCUGGAGCAGUGGACGGGGUGUUUCUUCCCAAACCUGCCGAAGAGAUCUUGGCCAACAAAGAGAGUAAUGAUGUUCCCUUAAUGAUUGGAGUCACUGAGCAGGAGUUUGGCUGGAUCAUUCCAAAGAUUAUGAAUAUUAGUGGAUUGAGGGAAGGUAUGGACAGAACUACAGUCGAGUCGAUUCUGCAAGUCAUUCCUUUUUUGAAUACCGUUCCCGGUAUACUUUCUUUGGCGAUGGAUGAGUACAUUGGGGACACUAGUGACCUUUCCGAAAUCCGCAACCGAUUUCUGGAUUUAUGUGGAGACGCCUUGUUUGUCAUUCCAGCCCUAAAGACGGCUAAAUAUCACCGAGAUUCUGGUUUUCCUGUCUUUUUCUACGAAUUCAAGCACCGUCCAUCAUUGUUUGAAGACUCAAAGCCAGAUUUUGUUACAGCAGAUCAUGCAGAUGAACUUCUGUUUGCCUUCGGAGGCCCGUUCUUGUCUGAUAUGGAACUAUUAAGUGGUGAUAUGACAGACGAAGAAGAGACCCUCAGUAAAAAUGUCAUGAAAUAUUGGGCCAACUUUGCUCGAAAUGGUGAUCCAAAUGGACCAGGUCUGGCCAAGUGGCCAAAAUAUGACGAAGAUGAAUAUUAUCUGCAAAUUAACCUUGAACAAAAAGCAUCAAAUAAGCUAAAACAUGAAAGAUUUGAGUUUUGGACCAAGACACUUCCUGAGAAAAUCCAACAGUUAUCAGCAGGAGAUCAUACCGAGUUAUAAACUGCUCAACAUUUUGUCUCAUAUACACAAUUUCCUAUUCAAUA